GCUCUCACGUGACCAAGAGCUGACGUGUGCAGAAGUCCUUCUUGUCCUGGUCGUUGUUCCCGUCUGAGUACCAGCUCCCUAUUACCCUGAGGGCGGGCGGGCCUGCAGCCGAGGCAAGGAGGAGGCGGAAAAGAAAUUGUCCCGGAUCCCUGCAGUCUUUCCGUAGGUUGUGGUACCACGCCAGGCAAGAAAAGAGGAAGGAAAUUAACCAGAUCGGUGAAGGUCGAUUUGAGGGUCUGCUGUAGCAGGUGGCACCGCUUGAAGCUAAGGGAGGAACUUUCCCCGGAUCAGCAGAGAUCAGAAAGAUUGGGCGUGGCAAUACCUCACAGGAAAGGAAGAAGGGGGCAAACUGCUUGCUUGCAGGAGAUUUGUCUCCAGAACCAGUUACACUGGCCUUGAAGUGACUGAAGAAGACCGUUCUCCACAGGCCUGCACUUAGGCCUGAAGCCCUCUUCCCCUAUUUUGAGUGACUACUCUAUUUCUUUGUCCCUGCUGUCGGUCAGGGACGAUUGCAUGGGCUACGCCAGGAAAGUAGGCUGGGUGACUGCGGGCCUGGUGAUUGGGGCUGGAGCCUGCUAUUGCAUUUACAGAUUGGCCCGAGGAAGAAAGCAGAGCAAGGAGAAAAUGGCUGAGGGUGGCUCUGCUGAUGUGGAUGAUGCUGGGGACUGUUCUGGGGCCAGGUAUAAUGACUGCUCUUCUGAUGACGAUGACAGUAAUGAGAGCAAGAGUAUAGUUUGGUACCCACCUUGGGCCCGGAUUGGCACUGAAGCAGGAACCAGAGCUAGAGCCAGGGCCAGAGCCAGGGCUACCAGGGCUCGGAGAGCUGUCCAGAAAAGGGCUUCUCCUAAUUCAGAUGAUACUGUUUUGUCCCCUCAAGAGUUACAGAAAGUGCUCUGUUUGGUUGAGAUGUCUGAAAAGCCUUAUAUUCUUGAAGCAGCUUUAAUUGCUCUAGGUAAUAAUGCUGCUUACGCGUUUAACAGAGAUAUUAUUCGUGAUUUGGGUGGUCUCCCAAUUGUGGCAAAGAUUCUCAAUACUCGGGAUCCCAUUGUUAAGGAAAAGGCUUUAAUUGUCCUAAAUAACCUGAGUGUGAAUGCUGAAAAUCAGCGCAGGCUUAAGAUAUACAUGAAUCAAGUGUGUGAUGACACACUCACGUCUCGAUUGAACUCGUCUGUGCAGCUGGCUGGCCUCCGAUUGCUUACGAAUAUGACUGUUACUAAUGAGUAUCAGCACAUACUUGCUAAUUCCAUUUCAGACUUUUUUCGCUUAUUUUCAGCAGGAAAUGAAGAAACCAAACUUCAGGUUUUGAAACUCCUUUUGAAUCUGGCUGAAAACCCAGCCAUGACUAGAGAACUGCUCCGGGCUCAGGUGCCCCCUGCACUGGGCUCCCUCUUUAAUAAGAAGGAGAACAAAGAGGUUAUUCUUAAACUUGUGAUUGUUCUUGAAAACAUCAAUGACAAUUUCACAUGGGAAGAAAACGAGCCUUCUCAGAAUCACUUUAGUGAGGGCUCGCUUUUUUUCUUUUUAAAAGAAUUUCAAGUGUGUGCUGAUAAGGUUCUGGGAAUGGAAAGCUACCAUGACUUUCUAGUGAAAGUAAAAGUUGGGAAAUUCGCAGCCAAACUGACUGAGCGAAUGUUCCCCAAAAGUCAGGAAUAACUUGGUGACUUUGUAGUAGAGCAGCAACACAUCUUGUAAACUAUUCCUUUUCUCCACCUUGUUUAUACGGCAAAGGAAUCCUUUCAGCUGCCAGUUUUGAAUAAUGAACAUUGUACUGUGUCAUUGAGACUGAUAUAUUUAACCGAGUUUGUCUUCAGGUUUAAGUUGGAUGAAUGACUAUCACUACUUGUCCUGAAAAUAUGUUUGUUGCUUUUCAUUUCGCUGCCUAGAUUGAAAUAUUUUUACUGUUUCCUCCGCAUUAGUGAUGGUGAACCAGUUCAACUGAAGUAGGCUCUUUUUUGUCAUUUGCAUCCAUUUUAUUUGUGCAUCAUCAAUAAAGAUUUAUGUUAAUGCUGGAAAGAAACAACAGAAGAAGAAACUAUCCCAUCCUUUGGUUUAUAAUCUAGUUGUAGAGAUAAGAAACAUACAAACAAACAAACAAGAACCCCAAAACCAAACCCCAAGAUUAUUUGGAGCAUGCAUUCUGUCAGAUGUGUGCCUUCCGAGCAUGGAGGAGGCAAAGGCUUUGGCGGCUGGCUACAGGAGUUAGCUAAAACUUUAGGGAAGACAGAGCCAUUGAAAGGGAAUCCUGAAUGGAGUAGGGAAGUUAGUGCAUUCCAUGAGACCGGAGUUGAGGGUAGAUGAUGUGAGAAAGGCAUUACUUUAGGAAAUCUUAUGGUAGUCAAUACAGCCUUCUUAGAGUGGAGAGUGUGGAGAGUAGGGUUAAAUCAGUAAAACAGUGUGAAGUCCAUUGCAGAAGGCUUGUUGAAUGUAGUUUUUAACUAGGAAAGAAUUGGGGUCAAUAUAAAUGUCCUCCCCACACUGUGUCAUAAAGGAUGGUGUAGCAAAAUGGAUCCUUUCUAACUCUGGUGGUGGGCAUUUGGCAAUACAUAUCAUUAAGCCUUAAAAUAUGUAACCCUUUUGUCCUAAGGAGAUAACUGAAUCACUGGCCAAAGACUCUGUGCAAGGCUGUUCCUGUCAGCACUGUCUUAAGGACAUUGGGAAGAACUUCGGUGCUCAACACACUGAAAUGACUAACUAGAUUAAAGAAUGUCCAUGGUGUGUGGUAAAUGUACUGAUGGAACUCAGUAUUGCUAGGAAAAGAUUUUCAUCAUACAUUGUUAAGUGAGCAAGGGAAGUUAAAGAGCAGUAUUCAGAGUAUGAUUACAUAUGGGGGGUUAAAUCAUGGUUACAAAAGACACUAAAAUCUAUGGAAUUAUAUACACCCAGUAGUACUAAGAGUUAUAUUUGGAUAAAAGAUAAUGAGUGAUGCUUACUUUUUGUACUUAUUAUUCAUCUGUGUUUUCUUAUUUAUAGAAAAUUAAUAUUGAUUUUUAAGAAAGGUUUGGAAAGAGAAAAGUUCAGGGAAUGCAGCAGGUGAUUAAUUUGAACGUGUACUGAGUGGCAAAUAUUUAGGCCCCAAAUGAGGUGGUCCGACGCUUCCACUUUAGAGUGAGAGAUGAUGGUGAAUAUAAGGCUGGCUGUGAGAUCUGAAGAAGAGAAUUUAUGCAAAGUAGCUACACUAUUCUUGCAUAUAGCAGCAGUUAAUUAAGAAAUGUGAGUACCUUUAAGUACCCAGAAUAGAGUAUCGAUGGGUUUUUGUUACCUUUUGUUUUGCUGGGGCAUUCUUCUAUGUUUCAGUGUCAUUUAAUAAAAAAAAAUAAUAAUAAUAAAGGUUAACAUUUAUUAAGUGA